AUCAUUUCUUCAAUGUUGGCACUUGGCACUUGGCAGCAGCAUAACAUAACGAACUAAUGUGAAACUGCUAAUUGAAGCAUAAGUGCUAUCAUGGAGUUUUGGAGUCCAUGCUUUUAUAUAUUUACCCUUUUUGUUGCAACAAAUGGUAUUAUGUUUAACCUUCCACCUAACACUCAAAAAUGUUUGAGAGAGGAACUCCAACAAAAUAUUCCGGUCAAAGGCGAAUACGAUAUUUCUGAAGCUCCUGGACAAAAAGUUGAUUAUAUUGUAAAAGACUCAAAAGGUCAUACAUUAUCUCAAAAAGAAGAUAUAAACAAAGGAAAAUUUUCAUUCAACACUGAAAGUUAUGAUACAUAUGAAAUAUGUUUUAUUUCUCGAGUUCCCGCACAGGUCAGGGGUAUCGCCCAAGAAGUAACCCUAAUCACAAAACAUGGUGUUGAUGUGAAAGAUUAUGCAUCUUAUGGAGAAGCUGCUAAGCUUAAACCUAUUGAAACAGAGCUACAACGUCUUGAAGACUUGUCUAAUGAAAUAGUACAAGAUUUUGCCUAUAUGCGUAAACGAGAGGAAGAAAUGAGAGAUACUAAUGAAUCCACUAACAACAGAGUGCUUUACUUCUCAAUUUUCUCUAUGUUCUGUCUUCUUGGAUUGGCGACUUGGCAAGUAUUAUAUUUGAGAAGGUAUUUCAAAGCUAAAAAACUUAUUGAAUGAGUCUCCUUCCCCUGAAUAAUAGGAAAGAUGUUCAUUGGGAGUUCUUCAUUGAAAUUAAUUUAUUGGUGUAUUUUUAAAAACUACUACCGUGAAAGAUGAGUGAUGUUCAAAACUUUUUAAUAAAAUUGUUUUCCUUU